AUGUUGCUGUUGCUGUUGCUCCUGCUGCUGCGGCUGUUGUUGUUGUUCUUGCUGCCGCCGGUCUUGAUUGCAGAUCGCAUCGGCUGCAGCUCCUCCUCGCCUGCGAGCAGGCCACGGUCUUCGCCACCCUGCUAG